ACGAAAUCAAACGUAAGAUUACUACAUCUUCGAUUGAACUUAGCCUUAGUUGUGUUGCCUAUUUUGAUGGAGUCUGUUGAGUUUAAGCCUUUAUAUGGCACAGAAACCCGUACAAAAGCUGUAGAGUGUAUCUUGGAGCCUCUGAUUUCAAAGGUGAAGUGUUUUAUGCGCAGAGGUCAUUUCAAUGGGUCGUAUAGGCUAAAAUCUAAACCACCAGACGAAAUUUUAUCAAAAGUCAAAGAAGUUUUAAAGGCUCUAAAUGAUAACUUGGGUGUUUCUCAAAGUGUUCCAUCUCUGGCCUCAGACUUUCUAACUGCUAAGACGGAUGUUCUUGAUACAGGAGAAUACUUUUGUUCUUCAGUCUCUAGCUUCCUGUCAGACCCGGUUAGCACAUCCUGUCAAGGGGACGUCUGUCGAGCUACCAAUGCUUUUCUAGCAGCUUUGAGUAGACUACUUAUUUUAGCUGAUAUAGCUGACGCCUUGGUCCUUAAUCAACAUUUUGAGGUUGUACUUAAUGGAAUCACUGAAUUCCAGUCAAUCAAUUCACACAGGGAGCUUAACCGCUUGUGGAACAGCUUUUAUCCUCACGUACUACAACUCAUAAGUUUGUCAAGGAAACGUGCAGCUGACUUGAUUGAUCCUGAAGAUCGAAGAAACAUUGAAUCUGCCAAUUAUGUGCUCAAAAACAACACUCCACUAUUACAAACAUCGUGUAAGGUGUGUCUCCGUUAUCCUGACCACCCAAUAACACGUGACUCACGGACUUUUAUUUCAAAUUCUUUAUCCGAUUCAGUGGAGAUAAUUCAAUCAGUUUUCAAUGGGAAUCAGAAAACUAAUGGUAUUCGAUUACGAACUUCUGGCAAACUUUUGGAAGCUUUAAAUGAGUUCGAGAAUAGUAUAUUCACUAACUCUGAAGCAAAAUCUGCUGAGAAUAUCCGAGAAAAUGUUCAGUAUUCUUUAAAGAGAUUGUUACUAUUAGUGUAUAAAUUAGUUGAUUCAUCUAAGAUAAAUUCAAAACGGCGUUCCGCAAUCGAUGAACAUUGUAAUCAACUUAAAGAUGCUACAUCUGAACUAAUGUCAGAAUAUUCUAAGAAGCCAAUUAAUACUAAAGAGGUGGAUAACAUUGUACAGAAAUUGUUAAAAUCUACAAGUUCAUUGAAACAACUACUCAUCCGUUGUGUUAUCGAUUAUACAUCGAAUGCUUUCAUGGCGAAAGAGGAAUACUUGAUGGCGUUAAGCGAUGCAACUAAAUUUGGUUGUGAACAACGCAUGGAUUCAGCGUCACAAUUAUUUCAGAAACGUUCUGUAUCUAUGAUAUCAUCAGCUUAUCAACUGUGUUCCCUGAGUACAGAUGAAGAAUCACCUAGUAAAAUUCAAUUGGCUUGUCAACAAAUUGAACAACUUGUACCACAAGUUAUCAAUAUGGCUUAUUUGCUUUUUAAAUAUCCAUCAUCUAAGUCCGUGGAAUCGAACUAUGAAGCAUUUUGUAAGGCAUACGAAGAAGCUGUAAAUCUGUUGUAUGCCUCUGUCAAUGAAUUAAUCGGUAUGCAUGAUUUCUUAGCUGUAUCCGAUGAUUUAAUGAUGAUGGAAUAUCAGAAGUCUAUUCGUGCUUUAUCAGAUAAAGACGAAUUGAAUGUCCAGCAAACUUCUACUUCAAUGCAACAACGUUCAGCAUAUAUCUGUGAAAUGGUGCUAAAUAAAAUGAUUGCACGAACUGAAAAUACCGAGUAUGUAGAUCAAGUGAUGGAAAAAGUAACACUUAUACGUGAUCAGUAUACACCAGAUUUUGUGAAUACAGCACGUAAUACUCUCAGUCGAUUAGCUGCUGGCCAGUCAAUUGAUGAAAAAGCAUAUCGUAGAUCUGGUCAUGCAUUAUGUAAUGGUGUUCAUAAUCUUCGAUUAACUGUAUUGAAUGAAUAUGAACUACCAUUCACUGAUAUGGAGUCAUUAAAUUUACAAGAUGAUUAUUCUAGUCCACUUCCUGAUUCUCAUCGUCAUCCUCAACAUCUUCCUCAACAUCAUAGUGGAAAUAACAGUUUAUAUUCAAGUAAAGAGAUGCCAUUGAAAGAUGAUAAUAGAACUAACUCAAUGUUGGCACUACCACCCGAUCGUGAUUCGACCUCCAAUCAUCCUGUAUAUGAACUUCGUUCAUCAAAGUAUUCACCUGAUGAAAAUAUUCAAACUGCACAAGAAAACCAAUUAUCUGAACGUAAUGAAGUAUUCUCUGUACUAACUGGUCCACAACGUGAAACAAUGGCUGAAGAGUUGGCUGGAUUUCUUGCUGAAAAAAAGCGUUUUAUGCGUGAAAUUAUUAAAUGGGAUGAUUCUGCUAAUGAUAUUAUUAUAUUAGCUAAGAAAAUGUGUAUAAUUAUGAUGGAAAUGACAGAUUUUAUACGUGGUAAAGGUCCAUUACGCUCUACACUUGAUGUUAUUCAGGCAGCUCAAGAUAUUUCAGAGCAUGGUAAACGUUUAGAUCGUCUCUGUCGACAUAUUGCAGAAAUGUGCCCUGAUUCAGCUAGUCGACGAGAUCUUUCAGCUUAUUUACAACGUGUUACAUUCUACUGUCAUCAGUUGAGUAUUACAAGUCGAGUGAAAGCUGGUGUACAUAUGCUCAGUGAUGAAGUUUUUGAAAGUGCAACUUCAUUAAUUCAAGCUGCAAAAAAUCUUAUGACGUCAGUUGUUUUAACAGUGAAAGAGAGUUAUAUUGCAUCAACUAAAUAUCGUGGACCAAAUCAACGCUGUACAGUUCAAUGGCAAAUGCGUACACCAGAAAAAAAAUCUUUAAUCUCUGAUUAUAACAAAAGGCGAUUUAGUUCUGAAAGAGAUAAUCUCUUUGACGAUAUAAAUUCACGUCAUCCAGAUGCGUUGAAUGAAUUAUCUCAAUUCAAACAUCCACCAAGUGCAUAGUCAUAUUUUUCUUUUGAAAACUUAUACUACUCAAUAGUAGCUAAAAUAUGAUCUCAAAAUAAUAUCUUUGAUUUAGUCAUUUCUUACACCCUAUGUACAUAUCAAAAAUGAUUUCUGAUUCAUUUUUGUCUCGGGGAUAGGAACUCAAUUAACUUUGUCCAACCAACAAUCAGGGCAAAUUUAUGAUUAUUUUCUAUAUCACUUUGUUCCUACUUUUGCACAAGAAGUGUUUUUCAAUUAAUUUUUUUUCUAUAUUCCUUAGUUUUAGAAAAAAAAUAUUUUGUGUAUUGUAAUAAAGUGAAAUAACCCCAAUUUUAAUGCCUUUCCCCCUAAUAUCUUAGACUUUUGUGAUCUCAUUUUAAGGUAUGAAGUGUGUAACCUGAUUUCACCUCAAUUACGCCUUAAAGUGAAGACAAGAGUUAGAGAAGAUUGUCGCCUACCAACACCGAUGAUCUUCACGAUUCUGCUCAACUGGAUCAUGCAACGAACUGUAAGUAGCGAGAAGAGGAGCAUACGCUGGAUCGACCGACGAAAAGACCUUAGAAGAUUUAGAUUUCACCAAUGAUGGUUUGUGUCUAAUAUCUUGUGACACAAACUCAAAGAUCUACAGUCGAAAACUAACAAGUUGGCAGAAGAGGUGAGGCGGUGAAAGAAGACACGACUUCCUUCAGGUGAACGUAGAAAAAGACAACGGUGAUGAAAAUACCCAACCAACAACAAGAGGCACCAAUCACCAUCAAUGGGAGGAACCUAAAAGAAGUCGUCUCCUUCACCUACCUAGGCAAGACGGCAUCGUUUCAACUACAGGCAGCACACGUACAAAUGAGGAUGUCAAAGCCAGCAUCAGAAAAACAACAAGACAGGACUUCCUCCAUUCAUCUGAAAUCAGUGUGGAGAUCCACUGCACUGCACUUCACUCCACUGCACUCAACAUAAAGCGUGCUUGAACAACAUCCGGAUUUUAAACACUAAUGUCAGUCAAGUGAGUCACUGCUUCUAUGUGAUGGUUGAGAGUCGUGGCGCGUUACGAAAAGCAUUUCCAACAAACUACACACAUUGAUUACCAGCUUUCAUCUACACUCAUUCGAUACAGAAGAUCAGAUCAGAUCAGAUCAGAUGGCCAGAAUAAUAAGAAGAAGGAACUCUGGAAACGAGCCAACCAACAACCUAUCGACCAACAAAUAUGCAGAAGAAAGUGGAAAUGGAUUGGAUUGGGUAUACACUGAGAAGACGGUUUGGGGGCGUGAUGUGUCAUGCCAGUGCCUCGAGUGGAAUGCAAAGGGGAAACGACGAGUUGGGUGUCCCAGCUGAGGGUGAUAUGGAGGAGAGUGUGUGAGGAAGAAAUGAAAGCUUGUGGGCAGUUAUGGAGUAAGGUUGAAAAGACUGUAUAGAAGAGAGUGAAAUGGUGACGUGCUACUGAAGCCGAAUGUUCCACUAAGAACUCAAGGGACAAAUAAUAUUAAUUUUUGUAGCUUUAUUGUUUUGUGCGACUCUGUCGCCUUUCAUUUGGUUUUUAUUGUGUUUACCAUUCGAUUACUCUGUUAUUGUUUUCAGCUUUUGUAUGUAAUUAAUAUAUAAUGUCUUCUUUUGUAAAGGAAUGGCUUACACUUACAACCUGAUACAUUUUUAUUGGCUGUUUCUUAGCAAUUCACUUUAAUUUCCUUAUUUAGAAGGUGUAAUAAACGGUUGUCUACAAUUCAGGAUGUUGACAUAUAAGCGAGCAAUAUUGUUUUCCAUUAGCUUUAAUCAAGGUCUAAACAAAUAAGUAUGCAGCUCAGUUGAUGGAGUAUCGGGCCGGAAACCCGGUGGUCUUUGAUUUGGAUCUGGCUGCGGUUCAAGUCUUCAUUUCACCUUCAAUCAUCACCCAGUAUGAAUGAAUAUCUGUGAAAAGGGUGAAGGAUGAAAAUUGAAUUUACCUUUGAAGUUAUUUAUUAGAUUGCCUCUCGUCUAGGCAGAGGAUAAAGGCUGCAUAAACGUUUUCUGCACACAAUGACUAAGUUUGUUUUCUCUAAUCUUCAUAGCCUCAGCUAUGUGUAAAAUGUGAGUGCGAAUUCUGUUUGAAAGAUUUUAUGGAAUGCUUCGGAUGAUUUUGAACACGUUGGUCUUGUCUAUUACAUGACCACUGUUGACCAAAUGUAACAGAAUUAAACUUCGUAUUGUCCCUUUGCUGCCCAUGGUAGUGGUUGCUCAACAACACAUUUGUUAAACUGCCUAACUGUACACCUAAUAUAGCUUUGUCCACAGUUGAUAAAUGCAUAUAUAAUUGGCAGAUUGUCUUUUGUCUGAGCAACAAUUUUUGGCCGACUAGAAAAUGAUAAGCAAAGGUUAUCAGCAUAGAAAGUUCUUCUGAUGGCUGUAGGUAGCCUCUGGAAUAGAACUUCAUCAGGUGUGUCCUCUUCAAAUUGGAGCUUCAUGAAUAUUGAUUACUUCUGAACAAUUAUCUGAUUGGAUUUCUUACUCAUUUUGUUCAUAUGUCUCUUAAUCAAACUAUCAGUAUAUUUUCGAUGUGUUCUAACUCUUUUUGUAUAAAGUCAUUGGAGCAGAUCUGACUGGGUCUAUUUGCAAGAUAUUUAAUUAGACGUUUUUAUUAUAUGGAAUAGGCACACAGCUAAGGAAAUGUAUCUACUGACCCGUAGAUGUUAUCUUUCUGUACAUCUUUCUACUGUGUAACCCAUCUCCUCUUCUAAUCAAUAGGAUAUCUAAAAAAUGUAGC